UGUGAGACUCGGUAGGAGCGGCCGAGCCAACCUCCCCAAGCUCGUGAGGGCUUUCCCUGCGCUAGUCUUUAGCUAGAGGUGCUAGAGAACAGGCGGAAGAGGGCACGUGCUGCGUAGACUGCCCCAGAAUCCCCUGCAGCCUCUGGGAGAGACUGCGGGAGCAGGAGGCCGCGGCGAGUCCGGUGCCGGGGCGCAGGCCGAGCCGCUGUGGAUCAUGGCUCAGCUUCGAGCAGGAGCGCGCAGCGGGGCCCACACACGUAGCACCCCCGUAACAUGCAGCAGCCUCCCCGGAGGAGCCGGGACUUUGCAGCGGCGGGCGACUGCAGCUCGCAAGAAGCUGUGAGGGAAGUGCGCUGCGGCGGGCGGAGAGCGGGGCGCGGCGGACGGAGAGCGGGGCCCGGCGCCCUGGCCGAGUCCGAUCGGCCUGGGAAGCUUCCGGCGGCCCCGGGCCGUUCCGGCGACAUGUUGUCCCGAAAGAAGACGAAGAACGAAGUGUCCAAACCGGCCGAGGUGCAGGGGAAGUACGUGAAGAAGGAGACGUCGCCGCUGCUGCGGAAUCUUAUGCCUUCAUUCAUCCGUCAUGGUCCAACGAUUCCAAGACGAACUGAUAUCUGUCUUCCAGAUUCAAGCACUCAUGCCUUUUCAGCUACUGGGGAAGGAGUGGUUUCCAGAAAUCAGAGUUUUCUUAGAACUCCAAUUCAGAGGCCACCUCAUGAAAUCAUGAGGAGAGAAAGCAACAGACUAUCUGCACCUUCCUACCUUGCAAGGAGUUUAGCAGAUGUCCCUCGGGAAUAUGGUUCUUCUUCUCAGGGUUUUUUAAUGGAGGCCAAUGCUGCUGUUGAAAAUGGUGACACUAGUUCCUCUUAUUAUUAUUUGGAUAAUGUUUUCAAUGGUCAGAGGAGGCAAUCGCCUGGAGAUCGUGUACAUGAAGACUACAGAUAUGAAUACAGCAAUGAUCUCUUCCAAAGAAUUCCACACAGUCAGGGGAGGCAUGUGUCAGCCAUUGGGAAGGUUGUUGCUACAUCUUUAGGGAAUUUAAACCACAGUUCUGAAGAUGUACCCCUUCCUCCUGGCUGGUCUGUCGACUGGACAAUCAGAGGAAGAAAGUACUACAUAGAUCAUAACACAAACACAACUCAUUGGAGCCAUCCUCUUGAACGAGAGGGACUUCCUCCAGGAUGGGAGCGAGUUGAGUCAUCAGAAUUUGGAGUAUAUUAUGUAGAUCAUCUAAAUAAGAGAGCACAGUAUAAACAUCCAUGUGCUCCUAGUGUACCCCGGUAUGAUCAGCCUCCUCCUGUAACAUAUCAACCCCAACAAGCUGAAAGAAGCCAAUCCCUUCUGGUACCUGCAAAUCCAUACCAUUCAGCAGAAAUCCCUGACUGGCUUCAGGUUUAUGCUCGGGCUCCUAUGAAGUAUGACCAUAUUCUGAAAUGGGAACUCUUCCAGCUUGCUGAUCUUGAUACAUACCAGGGAAUGCUAAAGCUGCUCUUCAUGAAAGAACUGGAACGUAUUGUUAAAUUAUAUGAAGCAUACAGAGAAGCUCUUCUCACAGAGUUAGAAAACCGCAAACAGAGACAGCAGUGGUAUGCCCAGCAACAUGGCAAAAAUUUUUAAGCUAAUUUUUAAUGAAAAUUUGUGAAGUUUUAUAAUGACUUUGAAAUAUUUUUACUUUUUUAAAAACUGUUUUGGCUAAGAAAAGCAGCUUUCAUUUUGUUGAUAUUGCACUAUUGAAUGUAAUUCUACAUGUAUUUGGUUUAUAGAAUAAAAAACUCCUUUUAUUGAUUAAAAAAAUAAAGUUAGCUUAUUCCCUUGAGAGCCAGGUAUUGUUGAGAUUACUUGAUUUCAACAUUACCUUCUAAAAAUUGCAUUGUUUAGGAAACUGCCUUAUGAAUUUUAUAAAUAAAGACAUGUAAUGAGGCACACUGUCACUACCAGACAACUAUUACUAAACACAAAAUCAUCAUUUGGUAGUCUCUUAGGGCUGAGAAACACCUAUGGAAAAAUCAAGUCUGACACACCCAUAUGUUUGUGUGUGUAUAUGUGUGUGCUUGCACAUGCACAUGCAUACUUAGAUGUUUAUGGCUUUCUUUAUGUAUUAAACUGAAAUUAUAUGGAUAAUUAAAAUACUGUGUAAUAGUACAAAACAUGUUGGAAUGGGGGAAUCGCUUAUAACUUUCACAUAAUGAACUUUUCAUUUUGACUUUUAAGAACUUCAAGAAAGCUUUAUUUAAAGAUGUUUUCAGUUCACUUCCAAAAACAUUCUUUAGCAUAAGAGGGAGAGGCACUUGGAUCAGUCUCACAGUACUAAGUGUCCUGAGGCACAAGCCUACCUCUGGGAGACAGUGUACACAGAUAGGAAAGAGGACCCGAAUAAGAAUCCUGUCUUUGCAAUUUGCCACCUGUGUGACCUUGGUCAUGACAUCUGACUUCUCUGAACGUCAGUUCCACAUUUAUGAAAUGACUGGCUUGAACUCUUAAGGCCCAUGACUUUUACUGAUCUUAGUACAAUGUUGGAGAAACACAACAUAGCUUAAUGUAGUCAUUGUGGUCUUUUUUUGUAGACUGAUAUCCUGACAUGUUGACAGGUUGCUUUAAGUUGUAAAGAUCAGGGAUUCAGCAAGAAAAAAUUUUUUUUCAAAAUGAUUUGACAUUUUUCCAUGUUGUAAGAGGUUUUUUGGUUUUUUUUUUGUAAAGCUUUUAGGUUGUAUAACUACUCUUCUGAGUUAUUUUUCAUUGGUUCCGUAAGUUGUCUAAAUGUUUGGGAUCUAGUUUAGUGCAAUACUUUAGAAGGAUUUCAUGUAACAUUUCCUUAUAAAUCCCAAGAAGUCAAUAAAUUUCAAAUUUUUGUUUUUUUCA